AUGUAUGCGAGGUACAUUAUAAAACCGCAGCGGCUGCCAGUGAACUACAACCCACAGAACAUGAAUUUCAAUAUCGUGAAAAUAGUGUUCAUAACUUUCUGUGUCAGCGGGGUUCUCGCUGCUGAGGCACAGAGUUGCAAAGAAGUUGUUGCCACAAUUGAAGCGAAAAGUAUCGUCGUGCAGAGCAAUGUUACCGGCUGUCAGUACCGAAUCACAUCGGAUUCUGGUAAAGCAGUAAAGGUCUACGUUAAUAGUACAAGCGGCACGAAGUGUGUGACGAUUAACAGUGGAGGUACAUCGGAAACUUUGUGCCCGUCAGGGCCAAAAUAUCUAUUUACAUCUAAGGAACCCAUUGAGGUAAGCGCGGAGUCGGGGGCCACAACUACAGAUGCUUCGGCAACCGAAGCAAAUACAGCACAAACAUCUACACCUGCGACUGAAACAGGAAAAGAUUCGGUAAAACCCAAACCAGCUGAAUCGGAGGAAGGUAAAAAAGAAGGCGCGAAUCCUGGUACAGAUGGGGAGCAUCCUCCCCAUAACACCGGGAAGGAGGAGCAGCAACCAGCAAAACAGGAGCAACCAGGGAAUUCGAACGGAGCGGGGGAUAAACAAUCACCCGCUGGUCCACAGCAAGAAUCACCAGAGAAAGGCGUCCAACAAGGAAGCGCUCUGAGUUCUAGCCAACUAGUUCGACGUGCCAGAGAUACCUCCAGUACCGAUGUAACCGUGUACUACAUAUUGGGUGAGUUUUGCAAAGGAGCGAUUAUGUCGUAUGAAGCACAGUAA